AUGGGUCAGGAUGGUGGUACACUUCUAAAGGAAAUGAAAGAACAAUGGGUUGAAACACAGCUAACAUUGCAACUUCUUGUGUCAGUGAUUCCAGUAAAACUUGAUGAAACUGAAUCUGAUGCAAAAAAGCUUAUUCAAUAUUUAUCAAAAAGCACUGAUGUCUCCAAAUCAAAAGCAAAGACUGUGUAG